UUGUGAGCCAGAAAGAUUGCCUUUUUACUCUCUUGAAGCACCUUUUUACUCUCUUGAAGCACCAGACUGAAAAAACUCUAAAUCUCGAACCUGCGGCCACCGUAUUUCCCUGUUUUGCUUCUUUUCUCUCUGGAAUCUAGAUCUCCUGAAUCUUGAUAUUCCCUCUCUCAGUAAGCUGCCAGUCCUUUCAAGUUUCAACAUUUUAGACCCCGGACACACCGAGUCUUUUCCUUUGCAAACACAGCGGCCGGCUUCUUCGACAUAUACAGGGAGACCCGUAGGUUCCGGUCACUGAUCGUCUUGCAGGCGCCACAUCUCUCUCUCUAUCUCCACCGGCCGGCCUUUCAUUUCUCAAUGAACAAACCAAUGUCUUCCUCCAAAUCCAGAUCUGCGUCCACUCCAAUGGCGCCCAACAAGAUAACCCCUCGCCCCGCCCGUAACAACAGCAUCAGCAGCAGCAACAGCAACCACAAGCUCUCCAAAAUAUCUGCGGAAUCCGAUUUCCCUUCGGCUCGAAGGGCUUCCAUUGAUACAUCCUCCAAAGCGCUUGACCUCAGAUCCUCCAAAUCCGUCGACCUCAACUCUCCCAAGAAACUUUUGAGCAGAGGAGUUUCAGAGCUUCAAGAGCAGCUUGGCCAGGCUCAGGAGGAGCUGUGUAAGGCGAGGGACGAGCUUGCCUUGGCUGACGAAUCGAAGGCCCGCGUGCAAGAGGAGCUCCAUGUAACGAAGAAAAUGACCGAGGAGGCCCACGUGAGGCUAAGCGAGGCUCUCGUGGCUCAAAAGAGGGCCGAAGAGAGCUCAGAGAUUGCAAAGUUCAGGAUCGACGAAUUGGAGCAGGCCAAUUUUGAGGUAGCUCUCAAGAAGGAAGACGCAUGGCAGCUCGAGCUCGAGUCUGUUAAAAAGCAACAUGUGCUUGAUGUUGAAGCUCUUCUUUCUGUAACUCAGGAGUUACAGAGGCUUAAGCAGGAGCUGGCUUGUGCGAAGGAGACUAAAGAAGAGGCCCUCAGCCAGGCGAAGAAUGCUAAAGUUCAUUUGGGUUCCCUUGAAAAUGAUCGGCUUGUGGCCGAGGUUGAUUGCGCAAGUGCUUCUCUCGAGGCUUUAAAUGCUCAGAUUUUGGACGCUAAGGAGAAGAAGGAUUUAGAGGAUUCAAGGAGUGAAGCUCAGAAUAAAGAAGUCAUGGAUUCUAUUGAGUGUAAGAAAAUGAAGAUGGAGUCACUGAGGCAAGAGUUGCAGAGUGCGAAUGAGGCGGGGUUGAGGUUGAUAGAGCUGGAAGCAGUGGUUGGUAGGCUGGAGUCUGAGUUGAAUGGAUCGAGGGAAACUGAGUCUUUGGCAAUGGGUUUGGCAGGGGAGAACCAGAAAAGGGUGGGAACAUUGGAGAUGGAUUUGGAGAGAGCGAAGGAAGCGGAGGCUAGGACCUUUGAUUCUCUGGUUUCUCAAACAAAGGUUUUGGAGGAAACCAAGAUGAAUUUGGAGGAGGCAAAGCUUGAGAUCAGUUUUUUGAGAGAGCAUGUCGAAGCUUUGCAGGCGUCGGUUGAGCAGAUCAAAAGGGACCUUGAGGUCUCACACAGUUGCCUUGAGAAGUCGAAGCUUGACACUCAUGCCAUGACCGAGACUGUUGGGGUUCUUGAACAAGAGCUUGAAGUUGCAAAGGAGGACCUGGCUCAUGCUCUACAGAGGGAAAACAUGGCCAUAGAGAGUGUUAAAGGGCUAUCAGAGGAGGUUGCCCAUUUGAGGAAUGAGCUGAAAUUGGCAAUAGAGGCAGAGGAGAAGAGCAAGAAGGCCAUGGAUAACCUUGCAUUUGCCUUGCACGAGGUCACAGCAGAGGCCAACCAAGUGAAGGAGGUGCUUGCUUCUACUCUCUCCCAACUUGAUGGCACAAAACCAGAAGCGGAGCAAAUGAAGGUUUUAAUGCAAUCCACACAAGGUGGGUUUCAAAAAUCACUUGAAGAAGCAAGGAAGGAAAUCAAUCAGCUCAAGGAAGAGACAAAACGAUCAAAGGAACUUGAAGAGGAAGCAAUUACAUGUUGGAAUGAGAAGGAAACUGGGUUGGUUGCUUGUUUAAGAGAAUCAGAAGAGGAAGCAGCUGUAACGAAAAGGGAGACUCAGAGACUUAUUCUUCUUGUUAGGGAGGUUGAGGAAGAGGGGAAAGUGGCCAAGGAGGAGAGUCUAAAAUUGAAGGAGUCUUUGGAAGAGGCAAAGUCAGAAGCCGAUGCUCUAAAAGAAGACAAUGAAAUGGUUGCAAUGCAAAAUGCUAGGCUUCAAGACAGUUUAUCAGCCAUGGAAAGGGAAUUGCAGAGGUUGAGCAGAGAGAAAGAUCAACUCAAGGCAAAGGAAGCUGCAAGAGUAUCAUCAACUCUGAGUAGGCCAUUUGAGGAUUGCAAAAAUCAAAGGUUUCCCAGUCAAGAUGAAGAUUCAGGUGAUUCUUCUUUUGAGGUGGAUCUGGAGAAAGGAAAUCAGAGCCCAACAGAGUAUCCAUCAGAGGUUCUCAUCAAAAAUGGAGUUGAAGAGAAUCCGAUAAUGCAUUAUGGAAAGAAGAAAGCUGUAGAUUUUGUGGAGCUUGCAAAUACCAAUGGUGAUUUAAAAUUGACCAAUCAACUGUCAUCAUCUAAUGAAGGGCCAGAUGAUGGGGAGACAAUAAAUUCAGAUGAUUUUGAUCAUGUUGAGGGGCCAAACAUGGAGGAUGUGGACACUGAGAGAAGGUCCCCCCCAAGGCAGACAAAGAAGAAAGCUCUACUGCACAGGUUUGGGAAUCUGUUAAGGAAGAAAAACAGUGAUAGAGUCUGAGCUUGCUCUGGAGCCCAGGAAUCGAUUGGGGUGAAUAAUUUGAAAGAAAAAAAGGUAACUUCUUGUUCAUUGCAAAUAUAUACCUGCCUACUAUGCAGCUCCAGUUCCUUGCAAUCUCUAGUCUAUCUGAAAAUCAGCAGCUCAUGGGCUUUGUUCUGAUACAUUCAACGAGUACAGUGAUGGGUUUGUCCCUGGGAAGUAAUAUCCACUUGUUUAAUGACUCGGCAAUAUUUGAGGUUAGAUGAUCAUACCUAGCAUGGGUGAAAUUGGCAGCUCCCCAGUGUUGCACAAGAUUUUCUGUGAUCCACACUCAUAAGAAUGUGGAUCUGCAUUUUGUAUCUGGGACAUGAAAUGAUCGAAUUAUGCAACGGUGCAUUCAUAAGCAUGCCAGAGGAGUUGUCUGUACAGUAACUUCUCCCAUCUCCUCGGAGUUUUUGACUUGAUGAUGUGUGCAAUAUCCUUGAUAGCCGUUGAGAAACAACUCGUUGAUUGUGUUUUCCUUUUUGUGUAUUUGGUGUUAGCAAGUUGUGCUCGACAUCCGGCCAUUCUUUUA